CGUUGGCGCACGUUUGCGAUAUAGAACUUCUAUUGUAAACUUCCACAGCCAUCAAAGGAAAUUGACAUGUGUUGACACCCAUAAAGCGUUAAUGAUGGUGUUGUUCAGUGCUGCAACUGGGUUGUUGCCGUGUUGGUAUAGAAAAGAAAAUUAAAAAAAGAGUCUCGUCUGACAAAAUGUCCCAUAUUCCCCCACCCUAAUAUAUGGAGCAAAAAAAGAUUCUCAUCCCAUGACGUUUCGUCUUUGCUUGAGUGUUUUGCUUUGGUUGAUUAUGAUUGCCGUUCUUUUUAUCACGUCGAUGGUUUAGACACCCGUGUUGGUAUUUAGUUUGUGGUUAAUUGCAGAUGGACUUAAGUUGACUUCGUUUGGGCACGAAUGUGUCUAAAGCUAUACCUGCUAUAGUCUGGAUUACCUAAGAGUUUCCGUUUCCUAGUCUACGGUAUUUUUGCUGACAAGAAAUCACACGGAUCUGUACUCUCGGUUACAGAUGUUAUAUAUAUUUACUUGUUCGUACACUUCGUAUCGGUAUCACAUUCGUGUUCUCAUUCGUCUAGUUCUUUCGUUGUCAUUCUUUCUUCACAGUAUAGCAGUCGGGAAAUAGUUUGCUGUGAAAAUUUAGAAAUGUUGUGGCUUCUACAACGACAGGCCCCUACAUGUCAAUGACAAAGUUGAUAAUCUGCAGACACACGAAUCGUCUUUCACCGAUUACAGAAGCAGUAAGAAUGAUAACUGGACAUAGACAGUGGUUUCCCAAGGUUUUUGUAACAUAUUGCUUGCGAAACAAGAUAUACAUAAAAGUAUGCCGUUUGUAAAGCCACGGUUAGAAUGUUAUACCAUAUUAUGCAUGUGCGUGAACACAAACGUUAUUUCACCAUUCGUUAACUGGUUAACCCAAUCAUCAAAGCCGAUAGUUACAGUAUUAAAAGAAAAAGAAGAAUUUUCCAUCCGUUACAGUACGAAUGGGAGGCGCAUAAUGAUAAGGUUUUGGGUCAUCCAGCCAACGUUUGCAUCUCACCCAUUACCAAACAUCUACCACAAUAUUCACGCAACUAUCCUUGUACAUCAAAGUUCAAAUAUGACUGAUUGGUUGAUUUGGAAAGAUUUAGUAAACGAACACAACCCGAACGCUCAACAGUAUUUGGUAACUGAAUGCAACAUUACCAAAUGCAUCAAAUCUUUUGACCAAAGUAACAGCAGACAGACGGACUACACAACUCUCAACAUCAACAGUGUUAAAGAUGGACAAAAGUUUUUAAAGAAAAUUAUCAAUUCAACUCAAAAUCACUCGAGCAUGGAAUAUCGACACACAGUUGACAUCACACGUGACCAACGUGACGUCAUAAACACAACAAGCUGUUAUGAAAGAAAUGGAAUCGCAUAAAUUACUGCAUAAAACCAUUGUUGUUGAGAAAUCUCUCACCAAUUAUGAUAAAACAUUGGAAAUCAUAAAAAAAAUGACAGACCAGGAUUUCCCAAACUGUGUUUUGCAGCACUGCCUUGAAAGUAGUUCAUAUAUGCCACAAUAUUUUAUGAAAACAAUAACUUUUAAACAAAUUUGUAAAGAACUAAACAAUGAUUCUAAACAGUUUAAAAAACCCUGGUCUAGAUUUGUACAAUCCAAAUCAUGCUGGUUUAUAUUUCAUUCGUUUUCCAAAUUUUCGCUGUCGCAUUUUCCACAUAUGUCGCAUUAAUACAAGAACACCUGCAACAAAAA